ACUACAUUCCUUCGCAUCUUAGAUUUUGUUCUAGCAGCAGUAAUGUCCCCAAAGUCACUGAUCUCGAAGAUGCCCUCCAAGUGUUUGAUGAAAUGCUUCACAGACAGCCUCUGCCUUCCAUUAUCCAGUUUAAUAAGCUAAUUACUAGUAUUGUCAAAACAAAACAUUAUUCAACUGCCAUUUUACGUUAUCAUCAAUUAAACUUAAUGGGUAUUUCGAGUGAUCUCUAUGCAAUAAACAUCUCCAUGAAUUGUUAUUGCCGUCUUAAUCAAGUGAAUAAUGGUUUUGCAUUACUAGCCACCAUUUUUAAGCUCGGCCAUCGUCCCGAUUCUACCACGUACAAUACUCUUUUAAAUGGACUUGGUCUCGCUGGCCGUGUUUUUGAAGCUGUUAAGUUAUUCAAAAAACUGUUUAAAGAGAAAGUUUAUGAGCCUGAUCAUAUUAUGUAUGGAACCAUUAUUAAUGGCCUUUGUAAAGUAGGUCACACGACUACGGCUAUUGACUUGCUCAAUUUCAUGGAAAACAGCUCGUGUAAACCUAGGGUAGAACAUUAUAGUACAAUCAUGGAUGGCCUGUGUAAAGAAAAUAUGGUGGAUCAGGCAUUAGAGUUUUUUUCCGGCAUGAUUGAAAAAGGCAUUCGCGCAAACGUUAUCACCUACAACACUCUAGUUCAGGGUUUAUGUAACUUUGGUGGUCGAGAGAGUGAGGCUGCAAAAUUGUUGAUGGAUAUGGAGGCGGAAGGUAUUUCACCGGGGGUGGAUACUUUCAAUACCUUGGUGAAUGCAUUUUGCAAGCAAGGAUCCGUGAAUGAUGCAGAGCUUGCUGUGCAGGCAAUGGUACAAAGAGGUCUACAUCCAAAUGUAAUCACUUAUAGUGCACUAAUUAAUGGGUAUUGUUUAUGUGGCGAAUUAGAUGAAGCAAGGAAAGUUCUUGAUGACAUGGUGGAGAAGGAUCUUGUACCCAACAUUAUCACCUAUAACGGCCUUAUAAAUGGGUACAUCAAGAAGAAGAGAAUCCAUGAGGCCAUGAGUCUUUUUCAAGAAAUCAUAGACAAAGGUUUGGUUCCUAGUUUGGUGACUUGCAGUAGUCUAUUAAAAGGUUUGUUUCAAACGGGGAAUCCCUCAGCCGCAAUAAAACUCUUUGAUGAGAUGAAAGUCAAGGGCCUGAAACCAACUAAAAUUACUUAUGGUAUAUUGUUCUAUGGGAUGUGUAAAAGCUCCCUAUGUUCUGAUGCAUUAGCCCUCUUUCGUUCGCUGGGAGACAGUGAGUUAAUGAAAGAUGUCAGUUUAUAUAAUAUCUUAAUUGGUGGUUUUAGCAAAUCGGGGAAGCCUAAGAUGUCAAUGGAUUUGUUUGAUGAACUUUGUUUGAAAGGAUUGAAACCAAAUGUUAAGACCUAUACAUCAAUGAUAAGUGUGUUUUGCCAACAAGAGUUAUUCAACAAAGCAAAAGCAUUGCCUUCAAAGAUGGAAGAUGAUGGUUGUUUGCCCGAUAGUGUCACAUACAACGUUAUUGUUCAAGAGUUCUUGAAGAAAAAUGAGUGUCAAGAUGCAGAGAUGCUUCUGGAAGAAAUGAUCAACAGAGGUUUCUUUCCUGAUUCUACUACUCUUGAGAUGUUACUACAGGUAAUCCCAGACGAAGGAGAAGCUUCUUCUAUGCGGACUAUGAUUCAGAGGUUAACACGUUCUGAAAGAAAAAAUGCAGUUUCUUGAAUUAUUAACACUAACGCGCAAGAUGGUUACAAAAUGGUACAAUCUUUGAUAGUAGCUGAGAUGAUAAAUUCUAUAAUGCAAGUGUCUAAAAAUUUUAAUGGAAUUUAAG